UUGAAUGAAUGAAUGUUUCCACCAUCUCUUUCCAGUCCUCUCCUCCCCUUUUUCUCUCUAUACAUCUCUCUCACCUCCCUCUCAUCUGCACUGACUUCUUUUUCUAACCAAAUACUGACUGGACCCCCUACCCUGCUGCAGCCUUUAAACAGCUGCAGUACCGACUCAUCUUCUAGAGGAGUUUCAAUCGCAAUUCACAAAGAAGUGCCAUUCGCUCUCGGUGAAAGCCAUGAUAGCGGUGAUGGAAGGGCAUUAUUUCUUAAAGGAAUGGCCUUGGCUGCAUCCAAUAUAUUGACAUCAACUUUACAAGGGAUUUUGAAGUGACUAGCAGUGGGCAUUUCAGACCAGUCUACCAAAGAACUGAGUCUGAUCCUAGUGCUGUCCAGUCAUGUGAUGUGGAAGGGUGCUAUGGAAUGUGGUCAGCUGACCCCUCAGUCUGUACGUAAGGUCAUCAUUUUGCGCCAUCCUGGAGUUGGCUUUGGAUUUGUUGCUGGCAGUUCACGACCUGUUGUAGUACGAUCUGUCAUCUCAGGAGGUCCAUCAGAAAACAAGCUACUUUCAGGAGAUCAGAUCCUAGCAAUAAACGAUCAGGAUGUGAGUGAAGCCUCAAGAGACAGAUUUAUUGAAUUGGUCAGGAAUUCAAAGGACUCAAUCAGUUUGACAGUGCUACAUCCUCACCAGUCUCCUAAAUCUGCAUUUAUAAGUGCAGCCAAGAAGGAGAAACUGCGUUCCAACCCAGGAAGAGUGAGAUUUUCCGAACUUGUCACUGUGGGAGAUAUAGAUGCAGACAUGUUAAAAAUGAAGGAUUCUCCCCCUCUUCUGCUUAUACCUAAUGUACUAAAAGUGUUCUUGGAGAAUGGGCAGAUCAAAUCAUUUACCUUUGAUGGAAGGACCACAGUAAAGGAUGUCAUGGUCACCCUUCAGGACCGGCUUUCACUUCGUCACCGUGAUCAUUUUUCUCUUGUUCUUGAGUAUACUGCAUCAGAUCAAAACCAGAAAUAUUUAUUACUUCAAGAUAAACAGCCACUAGCUCAUGUUGUCCAUCGAACUCACUAUCAAGGCAUGAGAUGUUUAUUUAGAGUCAGCUUCUAUCCCAAAGAUCCAGCUGAUAUUCUCCAUUCAGACCCUGCUGCAUUUGAAUAUCUGUACAUACAGAGUCGCAAUGAUGUGAUAAGAGAACGACUAGGAGCUGAACUAAAACCAGAAAUGCUGCUGGGACUUAGCGCAUUACAUAUCUACAUCAGUGUGAGCUCUUCUCGCCCAGGUCAUAAGAUUUCACUACGUGGAGUUGAGAAAGAGUGGGGCUUGGAACCUUUCCUCCCUCCAUCCCUUUUACAGAUCUACAAAGAAAAAUCCCUCCGAAAAGCACUGGCUCAACAUCUGAAAAUUCACCAAAACCAAUUAUCUGGUAACAAGAUGUCUAUUAUACAAGCCAAGCUGCGUUACCUACGGAUUCUUAAUGAGCUGCCAACAUUUGCUGGUGUCCUCUUCAACACAGUUGCUAUGGAUGAGAAGGCUCCAGCAACUACGCUUCUUGUUGGUCCCCGUCAUGGUAUUAGUCAUGUAAUUGAUCUAAAGACCAAUCUCACAACAGUGCUAUUUGAAUUCACCCAAGUUACAAAAGUUCAAUUAUUCCGAGAAUCUCAAGGAGUGGCACGAGUUGAAACAAGCGUCACUGACACAAAGUCUCUCGUGUUACUUAUGGACUGGCCUGAAGCCACAAGCUUUGCCUGUUUGGUGGCAGGAUAUUAUCGUCUGCUGGUGGACCCCAAGAAAGGCAUAUUUUACAGAAUAGGUCACUUGCCUCAACCUCAGAUUAUCAAGGCAGAUCACAUCAGUAUGUCCACAGUGCCACACAUGCCAACCUGUGUUAAGACAACUCCCCCCUCCAGCUCAUCUGCAGAUUUCUCCCUCUCAAAGGGCCCAGCACCUCCUCCCUAUGCCCCACCAGAGAACCAGGAGCCUGUCGGUUUGUGCUACCUCAAUCUACGGGACAAAGAGGGGAGAGAUGUCAACCAAAAUGUUGUUACAGAAGAAGCCAGACCAAGAACAAAGUCUGAUCCCACACCCAAGGGGUCAUCCAGCCAACAGAGAACAGUGGAGAUCAAGGAUUCGCCCGAGGUCAGCAGGUCCCGUUCCUUCACAAUGGACACCCAGGUGAAACUGGAGAGCAACCAAUUCUAUUGUGACUCCUGUAAGGCAAAAAUAAAAAGCUGUUUGGGGGGAGGCAGCAUGGAUGAGAAAUGCAAAAACACAUGUGGAUCCUCAAGUUGUAGGGACAACAUGGUUGAUCUCAUAUCCUUGCCGCCUCCUGAACAUAUGAAAAAUAAAGAGAAAGAAGAGGGUGAGGACGAAAGAGAAGGUGGGUCAGAUGACAGGGAGAUAGGUGAAACAACAACUAUUUUGCCUUCUGCAGCACCACCUCCACCAGGAUUUGGUGACAACAGCUCAGAUGAGGAAGAAAACAAACGAACUUAUGUAAAGGGUCAGGAUAAGGGCAGGGAAGAGAAAAAAGACAGUGUGAUGCCAGCAUGUGGAUAUGAGGAAUUGCCAGUUACUUUAAUUGACAGCGUCCAGACAAGAACUGUUAAAGAUCAUGCAAAAGAACUUGAUGAUGCUCUAGUUUCCACACUGCAAGCUUUGGAAGCUCUUGCUGCUUCGGAGGACUUUCCCAGUCCAGCACCCCAGCCUACAGCAGGUCUCAUUGUCCUUGCUACCAUAACUCCUGAUUCAUCGCUGGAUUCAGGUCAUGAAACAAACUCCUCAGAACUUACUGAUGUUUCAGACAUGGUGACAGCUAUGAAGCAGCAUCACAACACUGCCUACUUCCUGGCCCACCACCUGAACAAGGAGAGUUUGCUGUCUCGGAAGGAUCUCCCAUUUAGAAUUCAAACAUGUACAGCUCAGGCUGUCCUCUCCUCUCCUUACUCUUUAGGUCGCUUGGACACUAGCCCUCUAAUAAAACCUGCAGUUUUACAACAGCAUUUAAUAGGGGCAGGCCUGCAACAAGAGUCACCGGAUGCAGCUUCAAAUACACUGUGUAACUUAAUCAAUGAAGUAUCCACACAUACAUCUCCUGAAAAAUCAAGAGAAGGCUCUAGUAUAACCACACCCCUAAGGACCACAAAAAUUUCACAAAAUGUUUCAAAAAAGAGUUCUGGUCCUCCUUUAGCUCUUACGGAAAGCUCUUGUGAAGCAACAUUGUCAUCUCUAACAGAAAAAGUUCUUAAGAAAAGUUCUACAUUUCAAAUGAAUAGAGAUGUUGAGGAAAACAAACCCAGUCCACGUAGCCUGUGUGAUUGCAGAUUAUCCCAAGGAGAGUCCUCGCCAAUAACAUUGGGUCAACUGAGUAAUGGAGGACAUGACGUACUUCACUUAUCCCCAACAGAUGAUGAAAGACUCCAUGCUAAAGCAUGCUCUGCUAAGACGAUAGAGGAACAGCCUCAAAACCAAAAGAUUGUUGAAACAAAUGAAAUAACCAAAUCCCACAAAGAAAAUAUUGUUUCCCCAAACCUGAGCAAACGAAAGCAAGACACAAGUGAGAAAACUCUAAAAACAGAGCAUAUCUCUUCUGCCUCCAACAGCUUCUUGCAUACACGAGAUAAUGCAAAAAUAACGGACAGCGACCUAGCAACAACCUUGAAAAUACCUGAAAAAGUGCCUACUCCAAUUCAAUUGGAAGAUUGUGAUGUACCAGCUAAACCAAGAGCUCGAGCCCCCUUCAAGUUGCGGAAGCUCUUUUCUGCAACAUUCCCCACACGUAUGAGACGAGAAACAGAUGAGCGUCAAGCACAGCUGCUUAAGGUUAAACAGUAUGAAAUGGAGUUCCUUGAAGAACUGCUUAAACCACACGGAAAAAUAAGUGCUCAACAACGUGAAGUUCCUUGCCCAUUAGUACCUGGACGCUGCUCAUGUCAGGUACGUAGCAGUCCUCUACAGAAAGUACCAGGAAUGUCUCGUGAACAGAGACGUAGCUGUGAUUGUAAGCGCAUUAUAAGAGGUAUACGUGUCCCACCUAAUCCUGUUCUAGAACCUGAGCUAAGAAGCAGGUCAAGAGUGGCUGCCACAGGACCUACAGGAAUUAGACUUGUACGCUCUUCAAGUCUUGAGUCCCGGGGAACAGAAAAGAUAUCUUCAUAUAAUAACACGUCCACAACACAUGGUGAGAGCAAUGUGCAUUAUAAAAAGUUGCCACAAAAAUGUAAUGUAACUGAUGGAGAUAAUCCUCCUACUAAAUCACAGAAGAAAGACAGUGAUCCUUCUAAAAGCAAAAUACUAGAUACAUCAGGGAGCAAGGAAGAAACAAAGAUUCCAGUUAUUCUUCCACGGCAAGGAGACAUUAUUUCUGCCCAAACCAAGUUGCCUAGAGAGGAAGGGUCAAUCACAGAGGAAAAAUGUUGCUCUUUUCGUCAUUGCUUUAAUUGCCGUAGAUGCUUAUCUGCAGAUGACAACAAUGAUAAGGAUGAAUUGUCUUACUCCAUUCCCAUGCAGAUCCUUCCAGGAAUGCGAUUAAAUUCAGAUAACACACCUGUUUUAAGUCAGACCCUUCAAGUACUGGAUGCUUCUGUAUGUAGUGGUCCUGAAGAUAUACAGACACAAGAGAUUGAUCUCCGUACUGCAACCUUUGAGGGUAGUCUUGCUAAAGUUAAUGCAUUACGUGGUCGUUCUUACUCCCUACCUGAUGGCUUUUUGUCUGUUCAACUUGACACCAGUGAACUUCUUACAAUUUUGCGCCAGUGUCUGGUCAGUACUGAUGCUGGAGCUCCUAAGCUCAAUUCAGUACAUCUUGGUCAACGCAAACAAGAGUUAACAUUGCGUUUUAAAGAAUUUAGGGCAUCAUGCAGAAGAAUGGCUGGAGUGGAUAAGAAUCCAGAGCAUAUGUUAACUGCAGUGACUUCUAGCUUUCAGGUUCUUUGUGGCUUGAUUGAGACCUUUGUUAAACUCGUGUUUGUGAUCCGAUCAGAAAGUCAACGUCAGGAACUGUUAAGCAAGGUAGAAGAGGUGGUAAGAAAUUAUACGUUCUUGCUCAGAGCAGCAGAGGAAUCCAGUGCUAGGACAGCUGGACAUAAUCAAACUGUAGUAGGCCAGUUAGCUAAGCAAUCUGCUACAGUGGCUACAGCAGUUAGCACCUUUUCUCGUUCUAUAAAAACUCUAAUGAGUAAGUAGUGUAGAAAGCUACUUAUAGUAAACCAGUAAACUUUUUGAACUUUUGUGUGCAAAAAACUAUAAAAAUAUCCCUUUUGGAUAUACUACCAGCCUUAAUAUGCAUUUGGGGAAAUGAGUUUUGGUAAGAGAUUCUAAGUUACUGUAUAUUGUUGAUAAAAUUCAUCAAAGUUCAUUGAUGAAUAGAAUUCUGUGUUACUAUGCUACACUGAGACAUCUGAUUAUAAAAUUGCAACAACAAAAUUGCCUCUGUAUAUAGCUACCAUCCCACUGUGAUUUUCUUCUUAGUUCUGAACCUAUUACUUUCUAAUAAUAAGGGAUUUUUGUAGUAAAACUAAAUCCCAAAAUAAGGAGGAAAAUGGGUAGAUUUUUCCCCUUUAACUGGAGGAAAUUUUGAGCAUGAGCAUAGUCCAAAAAAGAUAAAAUAAAAAUAAACAUAUAUAUAUAUAUAUACACACACACUAAUAAAAGUUUUAAUUUAAUAAGUCUAUUUUUAUACAUAUGUAUGUAUUUAAUAUAGUUUAAGUUUAAUAUAUUAAGGUCCAUCAUAGCAAUUACCAGCCCAUGAUCUUAGCGGGCUAAAAAUGGUCCGGAGACAACAUACUGACUGUGAUCAAACGUGAUAUGCUUGGUAUAGUGAUUGUACCUCAGAUGCUGUGGGACCAUUUAAAACACAUGGAAAGUGCUUGUUUUUCCCCAGAAAACCUAAGGUGUAUUUUCUUACUAGUUAACUGAUCCUGUAAAAAUGUUUACCAUAAACAAGAGAUUUUAGAUGACUAGAAAGGUGAUGUGAGACCAUUUACUGCCAGCUUUUGGCCCUUUUGUGACAUAAUGAAAGAAUCACAAUUCAAUACGCAUCUUUACAAACAGUAAUUUAAAAGUACAAGUGUCAGUGUGUUUAAAAGUUAGGGAAUAUACUUGUAUAACAGGACAUUACUUGUGUCACAUGAAUAUAUUUAGAUGUUUUUGUUUUUCCUAUAUAAGUAAACAUGUGCCUACAAUUAAACUUUUCUGUAUAAUACAAACAUGUAAAGUAUAAAUGGUCGAGUAACCUGGUUUCUGCUACAUCCAAGCCUCAUAUCUGAAUAGAGUAAGGGUACGUUCACAUGCUCUGCUGCAUAUUUUUGCAGCUGAUUUUGCUCCUCAUUUAAAUUAAUGGGUAACAAAAUCAGCUGCAAAAAAUAAGCAGAAAAAUAUGCAGCAGAUCUUGUACCUGUGAACGUACCUUAAAAAAUGUUUUAUUCCAGCCAAAACUUUACACAUCUACCUGACCUAAAACAUUCUGAAGAACCUCUUUACGUAUAAUCAGGUUUUAGACAGGAUAUAAGUAUGCUUAGAUUACAUAAAAAAAUUAUAUUUGUAUCCCUCCUGACACAUUCACACAUUACAUCAUCACAGAAACAAAACCCAUUUGAGACACACCUAUGAAUUGUUAUAACAUAUGUGUUAUAAACAAAUCAAAUUGUUAUGUAAUGAUAUAUUUUUUUUAUUUAUCUGUCACAAAGAAAUCUGUAGUGGUAGUCUACUAUUAAAUAUUUCAACCAUUUGGCUUAAUCCACAUGGUAGCAUUACAGCUCCAUACUGCCUAAGGCUGUGUUCACACGCCAGAAUUUCUGCAUGGAAUUGCGCAUAAAAAUUCAGCAUGAAGUUAUAGCCGAUACUCUUCAAUAGGAUUCCGCUGUCCAUUCACACAGCAGAAUUUCUAGUACAGAAUUUCUGCUGCAGGAAUUCCAUUACAGUUGAAUUAUUUCUGUGCAUUUUACUGCAAAAUUUUAAUAAAGAAUUCCAUCCAGAAAUUCUUCUGUGUGAACAUAGAUUAUGAGUUGUACAUAGCUGUGAGAGGACUUCAAUAGGGACCUAUUGCAACAGUGCUGGCCUCUGAUUACAUAUGGAAAAAUACAGAGGAUUUUAUUGAAGAGAAAUAUCACUGUGAUAUGUUUCUAGAGGAAGCACCUUAUAAUGUCACUGGGAAUUUGCUGCAGCUCCAUGUUUAACAUCCUGCACAUAAUUUGUUAUAAUUUGCCUUUUAAAUGAUUAGAUACAAAGGAAACAGAGGAAAGCAUACCUGUGGUCGGCCCUGCAUGUAUUCCUUCUUAUCUAUAAGAAGUGUACAGAAUAUAUUUAGCAUCUGCAUACACUUAUUUAAUGCUAUGACUAGAAUAUAGGAAAUACAUUUCUGAACUGCCUCUUAUGUUAAGUGUGUUGUGGUGCAAAACAUUACAGAAUAUUUAUGUCAUCUCCAUAUUCAUUUUUAUCAAUAUUUAUCACUAUUGUUAUAAUUUUUUUUCCUUAGAAAAUAAUUAAGCAAUAUGAUAAAAAGGUUGAAAAGGGCUAUUGAAUAAAAUCUACGGUAUUUAUUGACUCCACAAGCAUAGAGUUACCUAAACUUCCAAAGUUCAGUUUAAGCUUCAAACUGUGGCCUCAUACACACAGAUAUUACACGACAUACAAACUUUGCACACAUCAUUUGCUAAAUGCCUAAAGAGGGAAUAGGGACAAACUGGCGUAUGGAGACAUAUAAAGGCCAUGCAAUGGUCUAUAGGGGAAAAAAAGUAUACAAAAUGGGUCUCCAUCAGCUCUCCGUUGCCAUCUAUGGGAGGGUAGCACCCCUUCAUAUCAUGAUACUCCAUAAAGAAAUAUCAGUGGAGAAUAUUAGCCAAGCCAGAGUUACCCAUCUGAAGACAGCUUCUUUUGUGAUUCUUGAACAGGGUAAGGCAGGGUGCUUGCUGGCUAUACAAUGCCAUAUACAAUGCCUGCCAUACAAUGUUCAAUGAGAAAAAGUAUGCAAGAUAGUAGUGAUUCCCCUCCCACCCAGUUUCCCACUCCCCUUUCUUUAAUUGUCUGUUAUGCAAGUUUUAUUACAUGUUGUUGAGGUGUGAGUGUAAGGUAUAGUGCAGGGUCUUAAAGGGGUAAUCCAUUUGAGUCAUCUUAUCCCCUAUCCAAAGGAUAGGGGAUAAGAUGUAAGAUCGUGGGGGUCCCCCCAGCGGCGGGACCCCCGUGACAUGGAAGCUUGCAGCUUCCGGGUUCGUGAUGUCAUGCCAUGCCCCCUCCAUUCAUGUCUGUGGGAGGGGGCGUCAAGGUUAUGUACCAGCCAUCAUGCAGCUUCUGCCUUUGUGACAUCACAUCACGCCCCCUCCAUUCGUGUCCAUGGGAGGGGGUGUGAUGGCUAUAUACCAGCCGUCAUGCAGCUUCCGCGUUUGUGACGUCACACCACACCCCCUCCAUUCAUGUCUAUGGGAGGGGACGUGACGGCUAUGUACCAGCCGUCAUGCCCCCUCCCAGAGAUGUGAAUGGAGGGGGGUGGUGGCCCGUAUCGGCAGUUAUCGGGCAUGGAGCAGAGUUUGCUCCGUGCACUGAAUGACAGGGGUGCCACGCUGGAGAUCGCAGGGGUUACCAGUGGUGUCCCCAACAUCUUAUCCCUUAUCAUUUGAAUGUUUCCAGAGAAGUAACCCUUAAAGACUUGUACUGUGUGUUGUGCUCCUGUGCUAUCUAUACACAUUAAAAGGUAUGUGUAAUGAUUAUUCCACCCUGGUCAGGAGUUUCACCAACUCCUAUAUCAGUAUACUCUAAGUGUCCAUGGGCAAUAGCGUUUUCUAGCAGCAACAUCUCUAAUAUAAAUUAUGAGUAAAAAAUUAUAAUGAGAUGCCUUACAAUUAGAUGAUUUUAUUCUUUUUUAUUUUUCAUAUUAGUUUUGUUGUUUACUUUUUCCAUAGGUGUUACAAGAAAUCUUACAUCAGUAAGCAUCACAAGCUAGCAGAGAUCUUACACGCUACAAAGAAUCCAUCAGGGUCUGACAUGACGUUUCAGGGAAUGUCCCCUUACCUAUGCAUACUGAGACCCGAUCCACCAUACUAUUAAUAGAGUAUAUUCAAAGAACGGGAAG